AUGUGUGCCAACAGCAGGUCAAAACCGCCAGCGCUGGACCUUGGCAAGCGAUCCAAGGCAGAGCUCGAGAAAAUCGCGUACCACAUCGUGUCGCCCGGUUUGCCGCCACUCAGCGACAGAAACAUGAGCCGGGUGCGCCAAAGCAAAUCCAUCGAGGCAGAGCAGAAGCGUCUGAUCAACGAGCGUGCCGGCAGCACGAGCCCCGCAGAAGGCAGGCGUUCGCCCGGUCUAGGUGUCCGCAAGGAUCUGCCGCGCUUGCAAAGAGCCAAGCCGCCUCCUCCGUUGGAUAUUCGCCAUGGCCGCUUGCGACACGGCCUGGCCAUGAGAUCGGCUCCUCUGCGAGGGCAUCGUGUGCUGACGCGGCCAUAUCCUCCGCCACAGCCUCUCUACGCUCCUCUCCCUGGGUAUUACCCCGACUAUCCACCCGCCUACCCACUGGCAUAUCCGACUGCCGUGUAUCCAUCGCCUCCCCUGGUGCGAUAUCAUCAGGUGACCAUGGACAACGGGGACUACGUUGUGGUGAAGACGCCGAGCUCUGACAACAAUCUAACGCCAGAAGAGAUGUGCGAGGACAACAGCGCAGAGUCGUCGCUCGACGACGACGUCGAGAGCCGCGCGAUUGAGGACGGAGCCGUGCCCACGGAGACGCUAUCCGACCCUCCGGCAGAAGAACACGUUGCACUGGUUUCGGGCGACCUGCGACUGGGCUCGGAGGUCUACACGUACGAGGUGCCCGUGCACGAAAAAACAAGCGAUUUCCGCAAGCAUUUCCUGCGCCUGGCAGGAGCCAUUUUCGACGACUAUAUAGCCAGGGCAGGAAAUUGA